CUGGGGUCUAGUCGUAGAAAUAAAGGAAAACAGCGGGUUAAAGACGACCAACCUACGGAGGACGCUGAUGGUCGUGAACCCAGUGAAACAACAGAAACACCAUUAACAACAGAGACAGCAGACCAGACCAUGUUGGAAGGAACGAACAAAUCCUACGCUCCUCAGAAUGAAGAAGAAAACUCACACGCUGACACGCAUGCUUGCACUUCUGAGUUAACUACAAGUGAAAAACAUUCCAUUCCUACAGUAGAUCAACAGGUAAUUGACCUGUCACAUUGCACACAGAUGCCAGAUGAGCAACUUCUGGAUGUUUCUUCUGUAACAGAUGUAGAGAGCAAGGAAAGAGACGAGGCUCGGCAUUCGGAGGAUGCUGUAAAGAUAUUGCACGAACAGGAGAUUAGGCUCCCACAAAUGCCAGAAAUGCCUCAAACUGAUAACACAUCUGGAGGUGUGAUAGAUGAUGCCACAGAAAGUACUAAAAUCUUUUCUGAAGCCUCGGUAGACCGAGCUGAAAUCAGGGACACAAACCAAUCGGUGCUGGCAGUGAAAAGCACUGAUGAUGCUACAAAAGACAUCGUGUUUGAGGUUUCAGGCCAGGGAAAUGAAGCUGAUCAUGUGCAUGAUACUGAGAAACCACAGCUCAGUGACACAGAAAGACUAAACACUGCACAGGCUGAUGUUUAUGAGAUUGAAGGCCAAGAAAAGGAUGAUUUAAAAGCCGGUACAAGAAAAACAGGUCCUCAGGAGGCGGGACUCUUUUCUGAAAUGGAGGACAGUGAAUCUUCUUCACAAAGCCUGCAACAUGAGCUGCAUGCUGCUUUUGACUCCCAGCCUGAGCAAAACAACACAAGCUUUAACUCUGGUGGGAACACAAGCAAACUGGGGUCAAGCCAGGAAAAAUCAAUGGAAACUAUGCUGGAAGGAACGGACAAAUCUGACAGCCCUCAAAUUAAAGACGCUGUUCAUGUCAAACAAAAUGAACAUUUUGGCCCACUUGCUGGCAUCUCUGAGUUUAGCAGUUCAAGUUUGCAUUCAAGUCCCGCAGCGGAUGGACAGCUAGUCGAGUCAAUCCCCAGCGAGAGGCCAGAUGAAGGGCUUCCCAGCGUGUCCUCCUCUGUGGCUGAAAACAAGGAGAGCGAUGAGAACACAGAACUGUUCAGACAGGAUGGACGCUCAUGGGGCAAUGAUUUGUUUAGUGAGUCACAUGUGGAAGCAGAAAAUGCAGAGUACCCAACCACAACGGAGAUAACCGCAGAGGAGAGCAGCUCCAGAGAACAUACUGAAGUUGAAAGCAGUGUUGAGCAAUCACCAAAAAAGGAGCUGGCUGCAAGUGGGGAACAAAAUGAGAAUUUCAACCCAUUUGAAGUCACAGGAGCUAAGCAGUCAGAGGAUGUUGUAAACAAGGAGCAUGAAGAGCUGAUUAACCCGAAACAAGUGCAAGAUUUGCUUCAAAUCGAUACAGAGCCCCAAACACUGCCAUCAGAAAUAAAUGCUCCUUUGGACUCCCAGUCGCAGGACAAUCCUCAGAGCAUCAAGGAUGAAACUCUUACAGCCCCCAACCCAAUAGGGAGCAGAAGGAAACUGGGGUCAAGCCGAAGACAUAAAGGAAGGCAGCAGGCUAAAGAAGAAGCUGUAGAAAACACCAGAGCUGAUGAAGCCUCCGAAACACCAAGCAUGUCAUUAGCAUCAGAGACAGCGAGGCAGGAAGAACUAACAGGCCUGAAAUCUCCAGAGAAAAUAAGAAAUACGUCAGCUGUGAAUGACGAUGAAAAGCUGCCAGAGAAAGACACAUCUUCAACAGACAGCAGUGCAGUCGUGACGGCAGACAUGUCUUCAAGAUCAGACGAUGACUUUCUCGAAUCUAAUAAGGACGUCGAUGACAAAGAGGAGAAACCCGUCAAAGAAACCGAGAACUUAAGUCACCUCACAGGACAUGACACAGUCAAAAUGGACCUGAUGCAACCAACACAAGCCUCAGUUUGGAAAGAUAUCUCACAUCAUGAUGACAGUGAAAAUGCUCGGCCAAGCACUGUGGACACGUCUGCCCAAGAAGAAGCAUCGCAGCUCAAAAAUACAGAAGACGCAGUGGGACAAGACGUCGAUGUGCAACAGACAAAUGAUACGAUAGAAACUGUGGGUGCAGAGAGUUCCAUGGAUAAACAAGCAAAGGGUGAAGCGGCAGAAAAAGACUCUACGAACAAAGUCGAUGCACUUCAAGAAAUGAAUCUGUCACAUGAACUUGUUUCUGAGCCGGUCGGGGAUGUUGAAAGUGGAAUCUCUACAGCAAUGGAUGCACCUAAGAGCCAAGAAGAAAAAACUCAAUCAGAUCAGAGUAAAAACUUGCAAGUAAAAUCCGACCAGAAGAGGAGGAAGAUGGGCUCGACUCGCAGGAGUCAACUCAACAGGAAACAAGAGGGAGAAGCGGACAACAAAGGCGAAACAACAGAAAGUGAAGCUAACGCACGAGCUGAUGUGAGAAAUCUCGAUGAGACGCAAGACGUGAAAGAGCUGGUGCUAACUGCAGAGGUGUCGCAAAAUGAAGACGCACCGACUUUGUUGGGUGCUUUUUAUAAAAAACCAAAGGAAGGUGAAGAAAGCGGCUCUGCUCAUGAUGAGGGCCAUCGGCCAGGAAGCAGCAGUAACGUGAUACCAGGCAGAGAUGGUUUAAUGGCUCCUGAACCGUCAGCCUCUCGCAGUGAGGAAGCUGUCGAUCCUGAUGGAAAGGAUGGUGAAAGAAACGUAGACGUUCACGUGGAGCCAUCAAGUGCUGAGACACAAAUAACCCCUGUGAUCGCUGGAAGAGACAGACGCUCAUUAGAUCAGCUGCUGCCCCUAAAUACUGAGACCACAGCACACACUGGCACCACAGGAGGAAGCUCAGCGCUCGGCGUGACCACAGAGAGUACACGAAAUGAUGAUGAAAGGCCACAGAGUGCAACACAGGACCAAGAAUCUAAAGAACAAAAGCCAAACACUGUGAUAGAAGAAGUUCAAAUUCCAGAGAUGAAGAACGCCAGCCCAAAUCUGACUCCGACCAGCAGGAGAAGAAAGAUGGGCUCCACCCGCAGGAAUCUUGGAUCACGAACCAGAGAGGAAGGCUCGCGUCAAAAGCAGGACGAGGAUAACGAGGCAACAGAGACCGAAAUAAUUGCAGGAGGUAUAAAGACUGUCCCUGGAAUCAAAGAGACGGAGCUGCAGCUUCACACAGAGCACAAAGAGGGUGACCCUGAACACCAAAGAUUAUUAGAAACGGUGGAACACAGCCAAGUCGGAGAGUCUCAGUCAGCUCCGCCGGCUCAGCAGACAGUUGAGGAAAAUCCUGUUUCUCAAGGCCAACUUCUAGAGACAGAGCAGCUGACUCCGAGUUACCUUCCAUCCACCUCUCCCAAAAAGGAUGCAACGUCAGCGUCUGGGUCGAGGAGGAGAAAAAUGGGAUCCCACCGGAAGUCACGUGGACUUCAAGGUUACGGAGACCAAACUGAAGAGAGGGAGGGAGGAUUAGAUGCACAGAAGGAGACGGAUGUCGGAAAUAUCGCAGAGGAAGGAGGCGUCAAGGCAUCUGGGGAGGAAUCAGCGGGUCUGCGAAGAAUAUCAGAGGUUGAUGAUAAGAAACCGACAUCUGACGUUAUUUCAAAGGUUGGCGAACCACCGAGGCCUGCGAGUGAGAAGACUCCAUUUCAGCCUCCUCGUGCUGAAGCCCACCUGGGUCGAGAGCAGUUUUCUUUGGCCGGCGAACCCAGAGCUGCAGGCCUCAAAUCAGCCAGCUACCACGUGGUGAUGAUUGGAGACAGCAGCGUGGGGAAGACUUCCUUCAUGAAGAGAGCUCAGACCGGGAAGUUUUCUUUAGAUAUACCCGCCUCUAUUGGCCUUGAUUCCUGCAUGUGGACUGUGGUAGUGGAUGGAAAACCUGUGGUUCUAGAGAUAUGGGAUACAGCCGGACAGGAAAGGUUCCGCAGCAUCACGAGACAUGUUUUCCACAGAGCCCAGGCUUUCCUGCUAAUGUAUGACAUCACAUGCACCGAGAGCUUCUCUGCAGUCAGCUACUGGGCAAACUGUAUUCAGGAAAGUGCUGCAGAAGACGUGACGGUUUUACUGCUUGGGAACAAGAGCGACUGUGCAAAGCGGCAGGUUCAGACUGAACAGGGAGAAAUCCUCGCAAAGGAGUACCGCUUUGAAUUCAUGGAGUGCAGUGCUGCCACAGGUGAAAACGUGGUUCAGUCUCUGGAAACUGUGGCCAGGAUGCUGAAUCAAAGAAUUGGCACAACAGAGGAAGCCGCGGCGUUGCAGCAACAGGCAGCACCGAGGAAAACGUCAACAUGUUGCUGAGCAGAUGUGUUUUUCUAGCAGAUCAUAAGGAGUGUUAACAUACUGUGCUGGUUGGACUUUCCUGCAGGCUGGUGUGAUGCAACAACUCUAUUUACAAAACUGUGCAGGUUGUUUCCGAUUACUUCUAUUUUAUCUCAUUGAUUUAAAGGACAAUUUAAGUGUAAGUCAUGCUUGUACUUGCUCAAAAUAUACUUAGAAGUGUCACUAUGAUGUGAAGACACCAAAGAAACCUUCAUGCAUACAGUAGCUGGUUCAGGGAGAGUUACUACAUCACAGAUUUAAUCAUUUUGCACUCUUUUGUUAAACUCGUUUUCCACCCUUUCUCUAUUUGUGCAAUUUCCAAUCAUUACAUUUAGACCACAUUUGAAGAGUCUGGCUCCAGACAAAGAUCUUAUCUCACUAGUAAUCACAUAUUUAAGUACUUCAGCACUUUCUAUUCAUGAAAAGUAUUUCGUUUCGGGUCACAAACAGAUAAUCUCCUCUAUUGUACAGUUAUUGAAUGUUUGUUCUACAAUGUCGAUACUUUAUGGUGAUUAAUAUAACCUAAAUGUGUAUAUGUAUGUUUCAACCAACUCAUCUCUCUGAAGUCACGGAGCGUCGUCGUGUUUUCAAGCAUCUCUUCUGAUUUAAAAGUAUUUAUGAGCAAAUCAUUUUGUUUUUGUUUACUACCACUCCGCUUUACUCAAUAAUAAUAUUAACUUUGUAAUGAUCGUGUGCGUCUGUUCCAAAUUAACAGCGUUGGCAUUCGUCCUCCUUGCAGUCGUCACAGCUGCCAGGUUGGCAAGAUAAUCAUAAAUGAAUUUCAUGCCUCUGUAAUGAAACACACUGGUAUUAAAAUCAAUAACAGCUUUUUUUCUCAUCUGAAUGUAAGCUUCUUGUUUGUCGUGAUGCUGCUGCGUGUUUCCCUACGACGUGUGUCACCAACUACCUUUAAUCAAAUUGCUCAUGUCUCAUGCUUAAUAAACCUCCAGGACAACAGUU